AUGUGAAUAGCACAUUUUGGCUAAAAGUUUAUUUUAUUUUCUAAACGGUGGGACAACUGGUAAACAACUACCACCAUGGCUCCAAGUAAGGAAGAGGAAAACACGUUGUCUCUGCCACAGAAACGUUAUUACAGACAGAGGGCCCAUUCAAAUCCCAUAGCCGAUCAUUGUUUUGAUUACCCUGCACAUCCAGCUGAAGUGGAUUGGAAAGAAUUUUAUCCAAAAUAUGACUCAUACUCUCCGCCAAAAUGUGUGGAAUUUGCCGAUAUAGGUUGUGGUUAUGGUGGUUUUCUAGUGACACUAGGUGAAAUGUUUCCCGAACGUUUGGCCAUUGGCAUGGAAAUUCGAGUUAAGGUCUCCGACUAUGUUAUGGAUCGCAUAAAAGCCUUAAGAUCUUUAAAUGCAGGAAAAUACAAUAAUAUUGCUUGCAUACGCACGAAUGCUAUGAAAUAUUUGCCCAACUAUUUUGUUAAGCAUCAGCUGGACAAAAUGUUCUUUUUGUAUCCAGAUCCACAUUUCAAGAAGGCCAAACAUAAGUGGCGUAUAAUUAACCAAGCGCUAUUAUCGGAAUAUGCAUAUGUGUUGAGAAAAGGUGGCCAUGUUUACACCAUGACUGAUGUAGAGGAUUUACAUAAAUGGAUUGUAAAACAUAUGGAGGAGCAUCCCUUAUUUGAACGAAUUUCAGCCGAGGAAGAGGCUAAUGACCCUAUAACCCCAAAACUUUAUCAGAGCAGUGAGGAAGGUGCUAAAGUGGUGCGUAAUAAAGGAUCACAUUUCUUGGCCAUAUUCCGAAGACUUUAAUAGUAGUUUAGUCAAUGAAGUACAAUAAAAAAUUGUUUAAAUUUUAUUUUUUAACACAAAAGCUCAGAAUAAUAAAAUAAAAGAAAAAAAGUUUGUAAUUUCUA